AGGGGAGAUGACAUAACGGCGGCCCCGACUUACAUCCCGAUUGCUCCAUCCCGACGAGGGGCAAUCUCGUCAACAACAUCUCACGGGCAGCACGCAUGUGGCCCUCGGGCUCCUCCGACAUCGUGUAGCUCGUACUUUGUCUUUCGUGCUCUGGGUCUGUAUUUUGAAUGCGCUAUCUAGCUUGAUGGAACCUCCAGAUUCUGGAUACUCGAGGGAUCAGUCUUUAGAAACCCGCAAUUUCUAGCCACGAGGUACCAGUACCCCAGCAAAGACAUCACGCGUGAGCUCGCGACCCGCAUUGAGCUCUUCCAUGCGAAGCUAGCGGCCAUUCCAUCUUCAGAAACACAAGUUAUGUCGUCCGCGAACGGACAGAUUGUUGGCUCCUCCAAAGCAAUUGUCAGCAAUUCCAGCGUUUCCUCGUCUUCCGCGUCCUUCCAAGGCCCCUCCAAUUCUGCCGACGGAGGUGCCCAGAGACGCCCCGGAGGGACUGGUAGUUUUGGAGCUGGCUCUACAUCGCGAACCUCUCCAGUUGCGAGAAACAGCCAGAGUCGAAAGAACAAUCAUAAACAACACCAUCGCCCCUCGUUAGUGGACGAGGAUGCGGAGGCUGCCGUCAUGAGGUCGACCACGAACCGCAGAGGGCAGACGUCCAUAACCCAUUUAAUGAAUUUCUCCUUACCUCCUCGACCUCACCGUCAAACCGCCCCGCAUCGCACGCGAAGGAACCCAACUUGGGGAAUGGGCUCAGGCUACCAUUCAGUCGACAAAGCUAGAUAUGUACACGCAAAUUACCGGUUCAUCGUGAAUCCCCAAAACAGCUACCAUGCUCAAGCGGAGAACGCUGAUGUGCAUCUGGAUUGGAACUCGGUCCUCCAGGUCCUAGCGUCGGAACAAACCCAAGUUACAAGCUGUCCGAUCUGUCUUUCAAUGCCGGUGGCGCCUCGAAUGGCGAAAUGUGGUCAUAUUUUCUGUUACUCUUGUCUUAUCCGCUUCAUGCACUCAACCGAUGACGAGAUGCCAAUGCCAGAGAAGAAGCCUCGGUGGCAGAAAUGCCCAAUUUGCUGGGAUACUAUUUACGUUUCUGACUGCCGUCCAGUGCGGUGGUUCAUCGGCCAGGAAAAUGAUAUUCCAGUUGAAGGUGCUGAUGUUGUACUCCGUCUCUUGAAGCGAAAUCCUGGGAGUACUUUAGCCCUCCCUCGUGAUGGCGCGGAGGAUCUUGGCCCUGAAGAUGAUAUUCCAUGGUAUCACGCUGCAGAGGUUGCAGAUUAUGCACGUAUAAUGAAGGGUGGCGAAGACUACAUGAUUGCUCAGUACGAGGCUGAAAUAGAAGAUUUGAAGAGACAGCAACAAGAAGAUGAGCUUCUCUUUGGAGAUGACACCACCUGGUCGCGGAAGGCAAUCGAUAGCAUUAAUGAAGCCAAAGAGAAGGUUCGGGGGAUAGGCAAUCCUCCCGAUAUUAUUCGCACCGAAAAGAAGCCAGUACAUGCUCCAGUUCAUUUUGAGCAACCCCAAGAAGGUGUUCCUGACAUGUAUGCAUACCAACAGGCUAUUAAAUCUGCCAAAACGCAUUCCUCUUCAGAACCUCUAAAUUACUUUGGUGACCAUGGAUAUGGCAGUCCUUUGGCUGCCGUCCAAUCCGAUCAACUGGCCCAUGAGAUGGACGCCUUGAAGCUGGAUACCGAUGACCCAGUCAAUUCUCGAAAGAAAGACAAGCAACCGAAGUCUCCUGCUAAGAAAUCAACUUACCGCGAGAACGCGGGAUCCUCAAAUGACCAGCCGUACUACUUCUAUCAAUGCCUGCCGCACUAUUAUCUGUCGCCCCUUGACAUACGUAUUCUGAAAACGGCAUUUGGCGAUUACUCGUUGUUUCCAGCAACUAUUCUUCCACGAGUCGAACACAUAUCGACUGGGCAUAUUGUCGACGACGAGCUGCGGAAACGUGCCAAAUACUUUGGACAUCUUCCUUAUGGAUGCGAAGUUAGCUUUCUUGAAUGUGAUUGGACUGACAUCGUCGUUCCGGAAGUCUUAGAGCAAUUUCAUACCGAAAUAAAUAAAAGGAGACAGCGGAACCGCGAUAAAGAAACGAGGGACGAGAAAAAUCGACUUCGCGCAGAAAAGGAAGAGGACGAAAAGCGUUGGGCAGCUGCUCGCCGCAAGCAGUCUACCUAUGACAGCAGCGAACGACCUUUCUCCGAGCAAGACUUUUUGCCUCUAAGCGGAUUCACGGCCGAUGCGGAAGAUCCUGCUAGCUCACCCCCUAUGACUAGUCAGAUGCAGUCUCGGUUUGAAGCCCUGGCUUCACCUUCAACGAGUCCUCCAACGGCUCGUACUGUAUGGGGCACUGCCGCAGUCAAUUCCAACUCGCCAGUUGCCACCCAGCAGCCUGUUAAUGACGGCUGGCUUCGAGGCUGGGAGGACGACCUCGUGGAGCAGCAGGAGGCCGAGCUUAUUGCACAGACUAUGAAUGAUACUCCAAUCGCAUCGGGUGGUCGUAAAAAGAAGAAUAAGAAGAUCACCCUGAUGUCAACUAACAUUCAGCGAGGUGCUUGACGCUUUGUUAUGGCACAAGUUUGACAGCAUUGAAUUAAUGAGUACCGGUUCAUGAGGUCUGGGCGUUGAGUCUAUUUUGUUUCUUUUUGUUUCUUUUUGUUUCAUUUGCUAGGCGAGAGCAUAUGGAGUACAGUGACCCUUUUGGAUUUAUGCUAUUACUUGCAUAUACACCACCUUGAUACGCAGACAACCUACUUAUACAAAUGAAGAAUAUUCAGUCCACUAGAAAUAUUGGAAUGGAAAUGAAAUGUAUAUAAAACCAAGCCUUUUCAGUGUUUUGUUCAAGGGUACAAAUGCGUUUCACGGAUGACACUCAUUCCCUUUCAUCAUUCUCCACAGAUAAAAUAGACGGAUGCACUGUUUCUACCUUUAAGGAGCAACAUGCCAAUUUCUGGUGGCCAGAGUGCAAUUCAAGGAAAGGAUCUUGCUGUAAGAACUGCGAUAAGAGCUACAUAAUUCAUCCAGG